AUGUUCAAGUUAAAGAAUAUGUUCAAGAGGAAAAGUCCAGCUCCAACAGUGCUACCUGACACAACUGAGGGUGGGAGUACAAGUGGAGGCUCUACUACACUGGAGAUUUCAUUUCAGAAGCAGCUGAAUGUCUCAGAGAAGACUUCUACUGUGUCAAAUAGUGCAAAAGAAGAGCCAGAGCAAAUAAUUGUUGAACAAGAGGAACACGCUAGAUCUUCUGAGGACACGACUAAAGUAGAGGAGAUUGAGGCAGAUGAAGAUAGUACAGAUAGCACUAUGACUCCACCUGAAGAGCCAGAGGGUAACUUUGCUGAACAGAGUGAGUUGAGGGACUACACUUUGAUUCAGAAGAUCGGUGAAGGUGCGUUUUCGAAAGUUUACCGGGGUGUUCCUUCCAAAAGUAAUAGUUCCAACACUUCUUCGAGCGUGAUUGCCAACCAGUACAAGCAGGUUGCGAUCAAGGUUAUUAUCAAGCAGCAAUUACCUAACUCCAAGAGCAAACGUGGUGAGCAUGAGGAAAAUAAAGGGAAAACUUCUACUGCUGAGCAAGUCUUGAAGGAAAUUGCUAUCCAUAAGAUGGUUUCUGCGGGCCAAAAUAUAGUUACGUUCAUUGAUUUCCAAGAAUCGGACUCAUACUAUUAUAUUAUUCAAGAGCUUUUGUCAGGCGGUGAGAUUUUCGGCGAGAUUGUGAAGUACACUUAUUUCAGCGAAGAUCUCUCGCGUCAUGUUAUCAAGCAAGUUGCUCAUGCGGUAAAAUAUAUGCAUCAACUGGGAGUGGUACACCGUGAUAUUAAGCCGGAGAAUCUGCUAUUUGAACCCAUCGAUUUCAUCCCUAACCCUAAACGUAAGCUAAGAAAAUCUGAUGAUCCUUCCACAAAGCUCGAUGAAGGUAUCUUUAGACCUAACAUCGGUGGUGGUGGUAUUGGUGUAGUAAAAUUAGCAGAUUUCGGGUUAUCGAAACAGAUCUUCCAGACAAACACCAAGACCCCAUGUGGUACCGUAGGUUACACAGCCCCUGAAGUUGUCAAGGAUGAACGUUAUUCAAUGCAAGUAGACAUGUGGGGUGUCGGCUGCGUCCUUUACACUAUGCUUUGUGGGUUUCCUCCUUUCUUCGAUGAGAAGAUCGAUGUUUUAACCGAAAAGAUUUCAAGAGGUGAAUAUACCUUUUUAAGACCAUGGUGGGAUGAAAUAAGUGACGGAGCCAAGAAUUGUGUACGGAAAUUACUAGAAGUGGACCCAGCCAAGCGUUACACAGCUGAUCAGCUACUGGAAGACUCAUGGUUGAAUACUUAUGACUGCAUCCCUUCAUCGAUCGGACAGCAGGAAAAUAUCAACAGCAGCUCAAACAUGUCGAAAAGAAGACAUUCUCACAGACACGCAAGGAAGGCUUACAAGAAGGACACUGCAUUAUUAUACUCUCCUGCUGCGGUAGCUAUGCGUGAUGCAUUUGAUGUUUCCAAUGCUGUUCAACGUAUCGAGGAUGAUAGGAGGAUGACCCCUGGCCCUAAAAACAUUUAUAAUGGUUUGGACGUACUAGCGGAAGACGUCGAGUCAGAGAUCCAACACAGAGAGCCGUUUACUUUAAAAUUGGAUAGUAGCUCGAUCAUAAAACGUCGUCGCAAUAAUGUUUGA